AUGGCAUCCCACACAUUUCGAAGCGAUCAACUAAGCCUUCCAUCGGGCAACCCGAGUAAUGCAACGACCACUGCCUGCGCCUACAAUGACGCACAGUGUGGCGACUUGUGUGCGACCUCGUGGUGGCCUUGCUACGCAAGCUGGUCCUCAUGGACACGUUACGAUGUUCAGAUUACUUCCGUGCCCUACAAUUACACCAAUCUCUGGACAGAGACACGCACAAGCUACAACCUCAGCACAACAACAUGGAUGGUGGACGAAGCAGCAGAGCCGUAUUUCUACGUCUUGGGGACUGGCAAGCCAUACCUGACAACAAGCGGCGUCCAGGUGUAUACUAUGUACUACCAGUCGGUCAUAUCGACUCGCAAACCGUCGCCUAAUUGUACGUACAUUCCGUGUACCGUCGCGUCGCAGCCUGAUCCGGCUACUUGCUCCUCAUGCGAAGUCCAGGGCGGGACCGUGGAGCUGCUCUACUGGGCUGACAUGGCAACAACAUCUCUGUCUGAAAGCUGGCAGCAGAACGGCUCGUCUCCAGUCACGGCGCUCUACAAAAACAUGACCUUGACCUCGCCAACGGUCUAUAUCGAGUUCCAAACCGCUUUCGCUACUGACGCUUGCGGCCGGACUGUAGGCGGAGCUUACCCCGGCGCCAUCAUCGGUGUGAACCCGAAGUCCUUAUACAGUGUACAAGCACAAUUCGAUUACUUCGUCGAACUGUUAGACGAAGGUGAAACCAGCACGACCUUCUACCAAUCUGCGCAAUUCAAUUUUGAGGAUCUAAGCGGCUUGGUUCCUGCGUCAGCAUGGGCUGCGCAGCCGAGUUGUGUGGCCAAUCAUGGUGGCUGCUACACCAUCUAUCCUGAUGAGUACCACCCCGUGCUUGUAAUACCGAGUCAUAUCCGCAAUAUGGACCCUGCUUGGAAGUCUUGCGGUUUGGAUUGGCGAGGCGCGUGGGAUCCACCAACUGCGUUGAGACCGGCAGCGGUGAUUGCUUCGGUGACGACAGCUCCUGGAAUCGCACCAACCACACCCGCUUCACCGCCAUCCUCUGUAGCUGGGCCAGCCACAAGGACAGCGGCAGCAGAAAGUGGAAUGUGGACGGCUACCCCCAGCGCAACCUCUAAUGCAGUCAACCCCAGCUCGCAAGAAGCUGUGAUAGAUCCUGCUCCUACACCAAAUGUCUCCAAUCCGUCAUUAUUGACAUCCGCAUUGCAAGACUCUCUGCAAGAUGGUGGUGCCUCAUCCUCCGAAUCCACAGUGGCUUCUACAUCCGCUUGGCAAACAGAUCAGGACAGCAGCCCGGCGAGCCUCACGACAGAUUUAGGUAAGAACUACGAUCCAGCGAGCAACACGGCCGCUGUGGUACCGGCAACGCCUGAGCUUUCUAGAUCUACGUUUGCCACUAUGUCUACGUCUGGUCAAGCUACAACGAUUAUCGGUAAUAAUGGUGAUCCAGCUCCUUCCGCACAUGGUCCCACGAAUGCGCUUGGCGUUCUAAGCGAAGCAUUGCGAACAGACACUGCGGCGUCAACUACAAGGCCUCAAGCAAGUACCGUCCCCUCAAAUGAAAUAGUCACAUGGACAUCCUCGAAGUCUUUACCGUCCCGGCCGCAAACCUUCGUUGACACCACGCAGAGCGCUCGUGAGUUGAGUACGAGCAGACCGUUGCCUGCAGUGACUACCGCCUCUCUUAACGGCAUUGGUAUGCCGUCAUCCACGUCCGAAACCUUAGCAUCAUCUGCGACUACAGCUGGGUCACGGCGAGCUAUAAAAAUCCCACUCAUUACAUUGAUCUGGGCGCUGCUUGCCUUGCCGGCUUGCUUGAUUGUGCGAUGA